ACUUUCAUACAAAGUGUAUGUUCAGCUCUUUCUUUUCUAUUAAAUACAGUAAUCUUUAGAAAGUACAGAGGCACCAAUCCAAUUUUGUGAACAUACUGUAUAUUUCAAAUGCACAAUUGACAUUGUUUUAUGCUGUAACAAACACUUUUGUGGUUUGUUCCUCUCAUGAAAUAGUGUGUCCACUAGGUGGAGAUGCUGUAAAAAGAUGUCAUGUGAAAGGGGAAAUGAACUGGAAUAACGCCUGUCUUCAGAUAGCAGCAUCAUGUGACACUAAAAGUACCUGUUUUCUGACUGACCCUUUGCAAAUCAAAAGUGAAAGUACUGGAAUAGACAAGCAUUCAUUGUUUUUCAGUGUGGUGAAGAAUAUGUCAGACACAAGAGAUUACCAAAGGUUAUUAGACCAGGAAGAAGUAGAGCAAGUUUCAUGGGAAACAUUCCAUGUCUGGUUGGCGGGAACAACAAAUGAGGCUCAUUAUCCCAUUAUUGAAAUGCUCAAAAGAAUUGGUCAAACUCAGGUGAAUUCUCCAGAAGAAUGUGACUAUCUUCUGGUUUUCUGUCCUAUUGUUUCACGAGUUGGAACAGACAUCGAAGAGGCCCUGAACAACCUGCCUUGUAGUAAACCAGUGAUUCUGGUGGUGAUGCAUCAUACUUUCAAUCCUCAUUCUGUUGUAUCUGAAAGUAAGAGACAGGUGAACAACCCAAACGUUCAUCUCACUGUGGACUGUCUGUUUUAUGAGGACAAACUCCUGAACUGCAAACUCAAUGAUAACAUAGAAAAAACACUCCUCAAGCUUUUUAAACUUUCAGUUUAUCAGAUGAUUUUGUGGUAUCUGAGGAGUCUUUGGACAUGCUGUUGUAUUACAAUAAAAUGAUCCAUCAGGAAGUCACUGUGCAACUAAAUUAAACGUAACCUUUCUUGAUUGUGCUGUUAUUACCUUUAAUACUUUAUAGUUAUGAAGGCUGGUAUAGAUUUUAGUUUUGGGGUAGAAUUACUGAUCUAUACUGUUUGUUAUGUAUCUAUCACUGUUUUAUAUCUGGGUCACAAUAGAGGUGUAAUGUUGUAAACAUACCAGAUCUGCAGAUAAUCUUUACGCACUGUGUGAAGAUGAAUUUAUAUAUAUGUAUAAGAAAAAAAUGAAUAAAAAAAAGAGCUUAAAGAUA